AUGGGCGGCAGAAUCAUAGUGUCGAUUGACUUUGGUACAACGUAUUCGGGGCUGUCUUGGGCCGAGACAAGUCGGCCCGACGUCCAACACGUCGUGUCAACUUGGCCGUCAACCGAUUCUCCAAAGACCAGCCCCAAGGUGCCGACGGAACUGCGCAAAGUGGCGGCGGGAUGGCAGUGGGGGUUCCAGAUUCCAGACGAUGCAAAGCGUCAUCGCUUCUUCAAACUAAAACUGGAUGAGCCGGAAACGCCCAACGGGGAGGGGGAGACGCCCUUGCAGCUCACCAAGAUCUAUCUGUCCUGCCUGCACGACCACUUCAUCAGCCUGCUGGAGAAGCACUUCUCUCAAAGCGUCGUGCAAGCGACCCAGAUGGAUUUCGUCGUCACCGUCCCGGCCAUCUGGUCCAACACUGCGAAACAAGCCACCGAACGAGCUGCCGCCAUGGCCGGAUUCUGCGGCAAUCGAAGAAUCCACCUCAUCUCGGAGCCAGAAGCGGCAGCGCUGUACGCCAUCAGACACCUCGGGUCGUCCGUCUUGAAACCGGGCAGGAAAUUCGUCAUUUGCGACGCGGGAGGCGGCACAGUCGACCUCAUUUCGUAUGAGGUUUCACACGCCGGCAACAUUGCCGUCAAGGAAGUCACAGAAGGUACAGGAGGUAAGUGUGGCUCGGCCAUGCUGAACAAAAGAUUCAGGCGCUUUCUCAAGCAGACUCAUGGCGACAAGUACUGGACCAACGAGCGGCUCUUGACAGCCGUUGCCGAGUUUGAAUCAUUCAAAAAGGAUUUCACGCCCAAAGGCGACCCUCUUACCAUACGGGUCGACGAAAGCCUCGGCCUUAAGCGAAAUCGAUUCACGAUCCCGCAGGCAGAUAUGACGACGAGGAUUUUUGCGCCCAUUGUGAAAGACAUCAUCUGUCUGAUCAAGGAGCAGAUAGCCAUGGUGGGUGACGGCAUAGCGGCCGUCGUUCUGGUCGGCGGGUUCGGUCAGAGCGCCUACCUGAGAGCCGAGGUGAAGGCUUCUCUGGCUAGGAAUGCUUCAGUCCUGCAGCCAGAGAAUGGCUGGAUCGCAGUUGUCAAGGGCGCUGUUAUCCACGGUCUGGGCUACUACAAUCCAACCUUGACGCAGGUACAGGUCGUGUCGCGCAUAGCAAGACGUUCGUACGGAACCUGUUUACUCGCGGCCUAUGACAUGAUGCGCCAUGACCCAAAGGAGGCGGUGUGGUCUCGGAAAGAAGGCGAAAUGGUCGUCGCGGAAAUGUGCUGGUUCAUCCAAAAGGGCCAAUCGUACACAGAAGGCGUGCCCACGGCAAUUGCCUAUCAAUGCGACAUCCCCGUAUCGUCUGGACCGCCGCCUCAACCCGAAAUCGAAAUCUUUUGCAACGACGAGGCCGUGCCUCCUGUCCACUGCACGUCGCGGACAAGGCGAAUUGCUCAAUUGUUUCUCGACUUGGACCGUAUACCCAUGUCGGCCAAGUCGGCGGCGGGCAUGACGCGAAUCGGCAACCACUGGUACUACUCCUUGACGGGCGCUAUUGAAGCUAGUUAUGGCUCAGCCAUGGUUACCUACCGAGUUCAGCUGGGGGGCGUGACGCACGAUGCUCUCACUGUUCGAUAUGAACAACAGGGGUUUGUGAUAGACUAG